AUGACUCCAGAGAAGAGGACCUGCACUGCAGCCUUGUUCUCCCCACCUCCCGACCUUCCUGAUUGUGCCACCAUCCAGUUCCCUUCCACCUCUAACCAACCGGACACAGCCAUCACCACACCUGCAGAGUAUAUACCUGCAACCAAGCUCUUGGUCUGGGUGACUGGUAUUUGUGACCAGUCCGCCCUGGUGCCACUCUACACCUGUGGUGGGUACAACAGACAUUUCGAGCUUCUGUUGGCGGCUGCUAAUUUGAAUUUAGAAGAAUGCAUCAAGUAUUCAGUGAUUGGAAGGUACUUGUGUGUCCGUGAUGAGGAUGACGACGAAGACAGUGAUGAAGGUGAUGAUGGUGCAGAUGGUCUGGUUGGCCUGUGGAAGCAGGUGUUGUGUACGGUGGCAGCGGCAGCAGGUGCAGGCAAUCCGGCGAAUCUGCGGAAAUGGAAACAGGUGUGCCAGGACCAAUCAGGCGCCGACCUCGACUCCUUUUAUUGGGACUGCAGUCAUCAGUUCGACGCCGGAUCUUCGGACCUCGCCUGCUCAACUGACGGAGCCCUCUUGGCCGACUGGACUCAUCGCUGCCUCUGCGUUACCAAGCCGCCUACAGGAAUCAACUCCAUCCCGCUGCGGCCCCAGUCCAACCUCCACCUGCUGUCGCCGCCAGGACCACCAGCUUCCGCUCCUGCCCAUUACCACAUAAGCCGACAAACAGUUGCAAAUCAAUUAUAUGAACAUUUACAAAGGAAUAGCCUGUUUGAAGAGUUUCAGUCAGGCUUCAGAGUGCAUCAUAGCACAGAAACAGCUCUGGUGAAAGUUACUAAUGACCUUCUCAUAGCGUCAGAUAAUGGACUGGUCUCUAUACUUAUUCUGUUGGACCUUAGUGCAGCAUUCGAUACAAUCGACCACAAACUUUUAUUACAGCGACUAGAACAUUCUAUUGGCAUUAAAGGGACAGCACUGGACUGGUUUAAAUCCUACUUAUCAGACAGGUUCCAGUUUGUGCAUGUCAACAAUGACUCUUCUGAGCAUACUAGGGUUAAUCAUGGAGUUCCUCAGGGUUCUGUCUUAGGACCAAUACUGUUCACAUUAUACAUGCUUCCCUUAGGCAACAUUAUUAGGAAGCACUGUAUUAAUUUCCAUUGUUAUGCUGACGACACUCAAUUGUAUUUAUCUAUGAAGCCAAAUGAAACUAAUCAGCUAGCUAGACUGCAAGAUUGUCUUAAGGACAUAAAGACCUGGAUGACCUAUAAUUUCUUACUACUAAAUUCAGACAAGACUGAAGUCAUUGUAUUUGGCCCCAAACAUCUUAGAGAAUUGCUUUCAAAGCAUAUAGUUACUCUGGAUGGCAUUACAUUGGCCUCCAGUACUACUGUGAGGAACCUCGGUGUUAUCUUUGACCAGGACAUGUCCUUUAACUCGCACAUAAAACAAAUCUUUAGGACUUCCUUUUUCCACCUGAGAAAUAUUGUGAAAAUCAGGAACAUCCUGUCUCAGAGUGAUGCAGAAAAACUAGUCCAUGCAUUUGUUACUUCUAGGCUUGACUACUGUAAUUCCUUAUUAUCAGGUUGUCCCAAUAGCUCUCUGAAACAUCUACAGCUGAUCCAAAACGCUGCAGCCAGAGUACUGACGGGAGUUAGCAAGAGAGAUCAUAUUUCUCCUAUAUUGGUUUCUCUUCAUUGGCUCCCUGUUAAAUCUAGAAUAGAAUUCAAAAUCCUUCUUCUGACAUAUAAAGCUCUUAACAACCAAUCUCCAUCAUAUCUUAAAGACCUGAUAGUACCAUAUUACCCUAGCAGAACUCUUCGCUCUCAGACUGCAGGCUUACUUGUUGUUCCUAGAAUCUCUAAAAGUAGAAUGGGAGGCAGAGCCUUCAGUUAUCAGGCACCUCUCCUGUGGAACCAGCUCCCAGUUUGGGUUCGGGAGGCGGACACCCUCUCUUUUUUUAAGACCAGGCUUAAAACCUUCCUUUUCGACAAAGCUUAUAGUUAGGGCUGACUGGGUGACCCUGACGGGGUGAGCUGGUGUUUUCAUUUGCACAACUGACUUCCCCUCUUGACGUCCCUUUAGUUUGCCCCUAGUUAUGCUGCUAUAGGCCUAGGCUGCUGGGGAACCUCUCUGGAUGCACUGAGCCCUUCUCUAACUACCUAUGUAUUUACUAUAUAUACCAUUAUUGCAUUACAUUCACUCUGUUUCUUUCUGUGUCCUUUCUCCGAGUGUCCCUGGUCCCAGAGCUGGAUGCUGGAUGCUUCAGAUGUGUGGCUGUGUUUUAUGGUCCUUGUGUCCCACCCCCCCACCUCUCUAUCUCUACCCCUCUAUCUGUAUCCCUCUAUCUCUAUCUCUACCCCUCUAUCUCUACCUCUCUACCUCUUCUGUCCCUCUCAACCCGCCCGGCCAGCAGGCAGAUGGGUCCCCCCACAUUAGAGCCGGGUUCUGCUCGAGGUUUUUUUCCCUGUUAAAAGGGUGUUUUCCUUGCCACUGUCGCCUUUUGGCUUGCUCUAGGGGUCAGGCAUAUGGGUUCUGUAAAGCGUCUCGAGACAAUUUGACUGUAAUUGGCGCUAUAUAAAUAAAAUUGAA